CGUCGGGGCUCAUUGCUAAGUGCGACCUUUUUUCAAAGUGGCGCGUAUUGCUUGUGUUGACGCGGUACCGCAACCAGAAAAACGUCAUGUUACGAACCUCUUGCACCUACGCUUCCAGCCUCCGAUUAUUCGUCGUCAAUUGAUGUAGAUGUAUCGCCGAGUCGGUUGGUCCAGUCGUCCGGUAUUCCCUUAAGGACUUUUCAAUCAUUAAAAAAUAAACGGUGUAAUCAUGUACGGGAUGCUAUUGGAGAGUAUACAGCACUUUGUGCAGCUGAAAUACGGAGAGGAUUUGUGGUUGGAUAUUUUGGAAAAAGCUGGUGCGAAACAUACUGUAUUUAAUACUCGACAAAUCUAUCCCGACGAUUUGAUGACAAAAUUAGCUGCAGAACUUGCUGUGCACACAUGUGAGACCGUAGAUAGUGUUAUGCAGUAUUUUGGCAAAUGCUUCGUUCGAUUUUUCAGCAAUCUUGGAUAUGGAUAUACUAUCAAAGCAACUGGUAGAUAUUUUUGCGACUUUCUUCAAAGUGUAGACAACAUUCACAUGCAUAUGCGAUUCACUUAUCCGAAAAUGUUAAGUCCUUCUAUGUAUCUGACUCAUGUAGAUCCGCAUGGAGUAGUACUCGUAUACAGAAGUACACGAAAAGGUUUUACACAUUACUUUAUGGGGCAACUUUUUCAAAUAGCCGAAGAACUUUAUGAGACCACAUUAGAUAUUAGAGUUCUUGAAAGUUCGAAUAACAUUCCUGGUACUAGGAGUGUAAUGGUCAAGUUCCGCAUCGACUUUGAUAAUCGCAAAUACAUGUUGAAACACUCGAAUAUGAAGACUCCUGUUGGACGAGAGCUUCCACCUGUCUCCUGUAAAGUUUUAUUGCGACUGUUUCCGUUUGGUGUCGUGAUGAAUAAAGAUAUGUGCAUUUUAGGAGUCGGCGAAAAGUUAUUUCACGCCUGGGGUAAUUCCACGUCUAUCUUAGAAAAACAUGUUACAGAGAUUUUUAAGCUUCGUAGGCCCAAGGGUAUUUCAUUUACUUCAGGAAACAUCAUGAACUUGCACUCUGUAAUGUUCGAACUGGAACUGAUCAGAUCAACGAAAAGUAGCGAUGUUAAGCAAACUGAGGUUCAAACGAGUUCAAAAUUAGAUCGCCAAGGUAGUCAAGGAGCAAGAAAUAUUUUACUUAAAGGACAGAUGAGAUACAUCGAUGAUAUUAAAGCUAUAAUUUUUCUUUGUAGCCCUCUGAUCAAUAGUCUUGACGAAUUGCUCAGCAUGGGUAUUUAUCUGAACGAUUUGAACCCACAUGGAUUGGGUCGGGAAUUGGUGCUCGCCGGGUGGCAUCAUUGUGGAAGGCUCGAAAUGAUGUUUGAAAAAGCAGAACAGCGCUCCGAGGAGUUGGAGCAGAGUUAUGACCUGUUGGAUCGGUGGAAAAAUAAGAGCGAUGAGCUUUUGUAUUCUAUGAUACCUCAAAGCGUCGCCGAUAGGCUGAGAGCUGGAGCAAGUCCACUCAGUACCUGCGAAUCCUUCGAAUCGAUAUCAGUAUUAUUUUGUGAACUCUGUGAUUUCAACUAUUCGACCAUCGAGGGUGCGAUGGACAUUGUUUCCUCCAUGAAUGCUGUUUAUUCCUGCUUCGAUUCGCUAAUGGACAAGUUUAACGUAUACAAGGUGGAAACCGUCGGCCGAGUAUAUAUGGCGGCUAGUGGAGCUCCAGAUCGAACGGACAGCCAUGCAAUUAAUAUAGCUGACGUGUCCCUACAACUAAUUUCUCAAGUUCGUUCUAUGAUCUUGUCAUCUGGAAUUGACAUACAAAUUCGAAUAGGAAUACAUUCUGGACCAGCUGUUGCCGGUGUGGUUGGGAUUAAAGUUCCAAGAUAUUGUUUUUUCGGAGAUACUGUAAAUACAGCAUCUCGAAUGCAAACUACUAGUCAGCCGGGGAAAAUUCACAUAUCAGCUGAAACAAAAGCGUUGUUACCCGAGAAUCGGUACGCUAUUGAGUCACGUGGCCCCGUAUUAGUAAAGGUAAGAAAAUAUUAUACAAACAUUUUAUUGUUGAAAAUGAUGAAUGUUCGACUUAUCAAAUAA